GAGAGGUUGUAGAGAGUAAACAAAGCGCCAGUGUCAACACAGUCAGUCUACUAUUAUAUUGACCUCUACUGACAUUACCUGACCUCAAAUACGAUGUCAGCAUCUCAACAGAAGAAUUAUGUUUACAUUGCUUACAAGUGAUAUAAGUGGCAGAAAUAGUGUAAGCAAUGUUGAUCAUAUGAUGAUGAAUAUAUUGUGAAUAUCUUCACUUGUAUCAUGCAGAUCACAUCAUUAUUCUGACUCUUACAUCCACACUCAACAUCUGCCGGAUAUAAGUUCACUUAUCAAAAUAGUAUUAUUCUUAUAGUGAUAUAAUACUGUACGUGUAUUAUCGUUAUCCAUUACACUAAAGUUUAUUACCUUUGUAAAGUUAAUUAGCUUAUUAUAUAAAUUUUUAUUUAGCUGAUUGAUUAUAAGACCAGAGUAUUCAGUCUUAAAGUUAGGAUUUAUCCUCUACUAAUAUUUAAUUAUAUAACUUAAAAAAUCUUAUCUUUUAAACCACUAUGUUGAAGUAAUAACAUAUUCAAUUGUCUGUGUUAUGUAGCCAAUGUUGCUGAUUUUAAUACAUGGCAAAUUUUUUUCUUAACUGUGUCCAGGAUAUUACAUUAUCUGUAUUAUUUUAUUACCAGUAUUGACCGUGUCCAGGAUAUUAUAUUAUAUGUAUCACUUUAUUACCAAUAUUGACUGUGUCCAGGAUAUUAUAUUACAUCAUCUGUAUUAUUUACUUCAGAUAUAUAAUUUUCACACAGUCUGAGAGAUUAAUUCAUUACUUAUUAAUGACUUGAAGAAUAUUUUUUAUUCAUAUAUUCUGAAUGUAUUUCAGUAUUGCCUUUUACUGUCAUUAUCAUAAUAUAUGUUUGUCUGCCUCCAUAAUAUUUAAUUUUUAAAUGUGUACACUCAUGUUGAUGUUGUGUGCUAUUGUUAAUGUGUACACUUAUGUUGAUGUUGUGUGCUCUUGUUAAUGUGUACACUUAUGUUGAUGUUGUGUGCUAUUGUUAAUGUGUACACUUAUGUUGAUGUUGUGUGCUAUUGUUAAUGUGUACACUUAUGUUGAUGUUGUGUGCUAUUGUUAAUGUGUACACUUAUGUUGAUGUUGUGUGCUCUUGUUAAUCAUAAUAGAAACUGUAUUGAAACAAUAUUUUGAUAAUUGUUUACAUUGUUUAGACAAGAAAGAUCAAAAAUCUUAAUUCUAAUUUAUAAAUCAUUUCAUUGAAUUAUUAAUGGGCAUGUAGCAGUACAUUGUUCUUGAUGUAAUUUGAACUUGCAUCAAGUGUGCACACACACAAGCACCUUCGAGGCUCUCAUGCUAAAUGUAAGUCAGGAAUUUAUUUUAUUUAAAGACUCAGUGAAUUAUAUAUUUUUUAAUUUAUUUUUAAUUUAUUUUUACUUUUAAAUUUAUUUAUGAACACAUUUUCUACAAUAAUGAGAGACUUGUGUUGUCAGUGUGUCUCAGUGACCUUUGUCACAAAUAUUCUUUUAAUAUUUAAAUUUCAAAAUACAUGUAAUAUGUGAGGUCAUUAAGCAGGAAUGCAAUAUCAGUAUUAACCCUUUUACUGUCUCCAUGUAGAUCUAUAUCAUUGAUGCCAGUGUCACAUAGAUCUGUAUCAUUGAUGCCAGUGUUACAUAGAUCUGUGUUAUUGAUGCCAGUGUCACAUAGGUCUAUCAUUGAUGCUAGUGUCAAUAGAUCUAUAUCACUGAUGUCAGUGUCAUAUAAAUCUACACAUUAAUGACAGCACCCUCAAAUUUACUGUUUGUGGUAAAUUUUAGCCUAAACAUGAAAGAAAGAGUCUGGAUAGUGAGUGUGCACAGUAAAAAAAAUCUUGGCUCAUGCAGUGCCUGCUGCAGAAAAGCAAAUCUCUCUCUGACCUCAUGUUUGGUUUAAAAUAGCGACUCUUCUUCUUUCAACAAACCUGCCAUGUCCCACUGAGGUAGGGUGGCCCAAAAAGAAAAACAAAAGUUUCUCUUUUUUAAAUUUAGUAAUUUAUACAGGAGGAGUUACUAACCCCCUGCUCUUGGCACUUUAGUUGCCUUUUACAACACAUGGCUUACGAAUGAAGAAUUCGUGUCCACUUCCCCAUGGAGUUAAAAUAGCAACAUUGUGUUGAAUUUAUAGGGUUGGUUUUUUUUUGGCUGUUUCCUGGUGUCAGUUGACAGAUUGGAAGGCUUACUGCUGAAAAGGUGAUGAUUUUGGUUGGUUUCAGACUUGAAGUAGUUAGAGCUCAAAGUGGCAAAAUUAUUUGCUUUUUAUCAAUUUUCUUAAGGAAGGGUAGGACCCUCCCUAGCCCCCCAACGUUUUUUGUAGGUUUUACUAAAUCUGCUUAAAUUAAUGGGAUAGUUAUAUUUUAGUAAUAAGAGAAAUAUGAUGUUAUAUAGGAGAAGCCUGGAGAUGUAAUUAAUGAACUGAGUCAAGGUGGUUUUUAGUGGCUGGAAUGUCUGCAGUGUUCUUCAACAUCAUCACUAACCUGUUCUUCUAAAUUAUUAUUGUCUAUCCACCAUCAUCACUAGUCUAUUCUCAGCUAUCAUAAUACUGUCUACCAUUUUCAACUUCACUUCAUUCUCAACAUCAUUGAACUUUCCUCACCUGGCAGUAAAACUCGACUGCCUAGUAUAAUCACGGCAUAACCGUCAUCCUCACCUGGCAGUAAAACUCGACUGCCUAGUAUAAUCACGGCAUAACCGUCAUCCUCACCUGGCAGUAAAACUCGACUGCCUAGUAUAAUCACGGCAUAACCGUCACUAUUGUAAUAUCUGUGUUUUAGAGGAAGUCUCUUUCGACUUGGAGAGUCUGUGACACAACAUGGAGACUUGAUGAUGAUUGUUAUCUCCAGACUUUGACUGCAGAGUUGUUAUUUCUGGUUUUGCUAGUAAUUUCUCCUUAAUAGAUCCAACUGCUUGGGGGAGUUACCAAAUCUUUGUUUUGUAUUCUGUUUUUGUUAGAAUUUUUUGAAUUGGUAAAAUUAGUCAUAUUACCUUUUGAUAGUUGAAUGGUUGGUUUCCUAUGGUCAGUUGAUAGAAGAGAAAAUAUAUUGGCUAGGAGUUGGAUCAACUUAACUAUUUGUAAAGGCUAAAAGAGGAUGUAAAAUUUCCCAUCAUUUGUUGCAUUUGUGUUGUCAUUACCUUCAAAAAGGAUUUUUCACCAUUUGAAAGAGUGUGACACUAUCAGCAGUUUAAAUUUUGGAAGUCAACAAUGAAAGUGUUAAAUACCUAAAUGAUUUUCCAGAAAAACAGGAAGAUGCAGUACAUUCGAGUUCCUUCAAGGAAACUAACAUAUCAGUGUUCUGAAUGUUUAAGAGACUUUUCAUGUAAAUCACAUCUAAUAGAACACAUGAGAGUUCAUUCACAAGAAAAACCAUAUCAGUGUUCUGAAUGUCUAAAAGAUUUUUCACGUAAAUCAAAUUUAAUAGAACACAUGAGAAUUCAUUCAGAAGAAAAACCAUAUCAGUGUUCUGAAUGUCUAAAACACUUUUCACGGAGAUCAACCCUAAUUCGCCAUAUGAGAGUUCAUUCACAAGAAAAACCAUAUCAGUGUUCUGAAUGUCUAAAAGAUUUUUCACGUAAAUCACACCUAAUAGAACACAUGAGAGUUCAUUCAAAAGAAAAACCAUAUCAGUGUUCUGAAUGUCUAAAAGAUUUUUCACGUAAAUCAAAUCUAAUAGAACACAUGAGAGUUCAUUCACAAGAAAAACCAUAUCACUGUUCUCAAUGUCUAAAACACUUUUCACGGAGAUCAUACCUGAUACAACACAUGAGUGUUCAUUCACAAGAAAAACCACAUCAGUGUUCUCAGUGUCUAAAACACUUUUCACGGAGUUCGUCCCUAAUUCAACACAUGAGUUUUCAUUCACAGGAAAAACCAUACAAGUGUUCUGAAUGUCUAAAGGACUUUUCACAGAGAUCAUACCUAAUACAACACAUGAGAGUUCAUUCAAAAGAAAAGCCCUAUCAGUGUUGUGAAUGUCUUAAAGAUUUUUCAUGUAAAUCACAUCUAAUAGAACACAUGAGAGUUCAUUCACAAGAAAAACCAUAUCAGUGUUCUGAAUGUCUAAAACACUUUUCACGGAGAUCAACCCUAAUACAACACAUGAAAGUUCAUUCACAAGAAAAACUGUACAAGUGUUCUGAAUGUCUAAAAGAGUUUUCUAAAAAAAUUCAACUUCUACAACACUUGAAGUUCACUCAUUAGAGAAUUCCUGCCUUGAUGCCGGUAAAGGGCUCUUAAUCCAAGAAAUUAAAGUCACUUCUUGCCAUCUUUGGAUCAGAUAUAAUUACCAUUCAUCCUUCACAUUUUCCAGGUGCUGUAUGACCCAUACUGGUUUAUCACUUGUUCUUGAAUGUAAUAGUAAUGGGUUUCCAAAUGCUCUCUCUUUUGUCCCCUAAAGUUGAUAAGUGGAUGUGAGGUUGGUAUCAUGGAUUCCUGGUUUACCAGCAUGAAGGGUAGGGUAUGGCGUGCUUUCCAUGCCGCAUCUGCACUACUUGCGGUGCUGAGAUCAUCUUGGGUGCAAAGGGAGAUUUAAGGCCCUUUCAUUCCUCCUAGGAGCUAUUCCUCCACAUUUCCCCCCUUGUUUUAUUCUUUUUUUUUCUUUCCUUUUUCUUUUUUUUUUUUUUCUACAAAACAACAAGAAAGGAGUGACCUAACCAUGGAAUUCCCAGUCCAUGAACCUGCUCCCUCGGCGCUUUCCUGAUAUUGCACCCUGUUCUGACCCUGAGGAAGUAGACCUGUCGGUCUACUUCCUCAGACCGAACCUAAUUACCCCCCAAUCCCCCGUUCCCUAUCCCAUCCUCCCCUUUUUCCUUUCCUCCUCCUCCUCCCCACCCCUCCCUUUUGCCCUUCCUUUUUGGCCUUUUUUUUUUUUUACCCACAGGCACGCUAGUUCCUAGGUAGGGUAAUGGGUACCGGGGUCCAUCCCAUUCCAUUGAGGUUCUUGGCGGUGGCGUAGUUUGCUGUGGAAUCUGGAUUGCCUGGGGAUGUCCUGAUCCCUCUCCGGUAUCCCGGAGGGUGGCUUUGGGUGUCUCUCGGGCGACGGGUGUAUCUCUGGAAGCCACCUUUCGGAUUCCGGGGGUGGUGGCCGAAGGAGGUAUGCUUUGUGGUGGAUUUCCGGCCGCCCUCUCUUUUGUCCACCGAGGUAGCUCGGCAGAUGUGAGGUUGCUAUCCCGGAUUGCCGGUUUACUGGCAUGAUGGGUAGGGUAUGGCAUGGGUUCCAUGCUGCAUCUGCGCUACUUGCGGUGCUGAGGUCCUCUUGGGCGCGGAGGGAGAUUUCUGGCCCUUUCAUUCCUCCUAGGAACUAUCCCUCCCCGG